AUGGAGAGGUACACCUACACAGUGCCUCACCCUCCUCCGAUCAUCGUUCCCCCUCUUGUUGGGCCUCAGUACAACCAAGUCAAUAUCAGACCCUCGAACUUUUCUCCAUCCUCAUUGCGGUACAGCAGCAAAGCGAUAAACCUCGGGAUGAUGGACAUGCCAUUGACACUGGAUUUUAAACACGCCUACGACUGGGACCGGUCAUGCCGAUGGAAAGCGCAGCAGAUCCUUCCGAGAGUGUACCUGGGUCCUCAAAAUGUGGUCAAAGAUCUGCAAUAUCUCGAAAAAGAGGGCAUCACCAUGGUCUUGGGGGUAGUGCAGAACCAAUCACUACCAAUUGCAGAAUCCGCUACGCGAUUGGCAAGAGAGGUGGGAAUCGAGAUCAAAUGCCUUGGCGUGGAGAGCAAUGCAACCACCUCUCAUAUGUUUGGGCAGGCCACUGCCCUCAUCAAUGAACACAUCUCCCGGCUCUUAGCACAAGUACCCUCCGCGCAACAUUGGGGGAAGGUCCUCGUUUUCUGUGAAUCCGGCAACGAGAAGUCGGCAGCCAUCGUUGCAGCAUACAUGAUCGAGAUGUUUCUAGGGAUUGAUGAAGUCAGCGCCUUGCAGCUCAUCGGCAAAAAGAGGUUCUGCAUUUCUGUCGAUGACACCAUCAGACACACCCUUCAGAACUGGUCAGACAUGCAGCAGGCCCAACGAGAUGUCGCCUCGCACAACGCCCUUUCCGCAGAAACACAGCUUCAAUCAGGCAUUGUCAAAUCCAACACAGCCCCCCAGCUUUCUUUAGUACCGCCUGUGAAGCCACGCAAGCGAAGCUAUUCGGAUGUAGAAAAUGAGGAGUCAAUGGACUUGGACUUCGAGACUGAAUCAGCAUCCCGACAGCCGUUCCAAGACGUGCCAAUGAGCUGA